AUGAUCGUACUCGCAUUCAGCACUGGAAGCCGGUUGGAUUUCGUGUCUCAGUCCAGGGUGUUUUUCUUGCAAACCUUCCUUUGGAUUUUAUGUGCUACAGUGUGCAAAGCGGAGCAGUAUUUCAAUGUGGAGGUAUGGUUACAAAAGUAUGGCUACCUUCCACCAACUGACCCCCGAAUGUCGGUGUUGCGCUCUGCAGAAACCAUGCAAUCAGCUAUAGCUGCCAUGCAGCAGUUCUAUGGCAUUAAUAUGACAGGAAAAGUGGACAGGAACACAAUUGACUGGAUGAAGAAGCCUCGAUGUGGUGUGCCUGACCAAACAAGAGGUAACUCCAAAUUUAACAUUCGUCGGAAACGCUACGCGUUAACAGGACAGAAAUGGCAACACAAACAUAUCACUUACAGCAUAAAGAACGUCACUCCAAAAGUAGGUGAUGCUGAAACUCGUAAAGCCAUUCGCCGUGCCUUCGAUGUGUGGCAGAAUGUAACUCCUCUAACAUUUGAAGAAGUUCCUUAUAUUGAAUUGGAAAAUGGCAAGAGAGAUGUGGAUAUUACAAUCAUUUUUGCAUCAGGUUUUCAUGGAGACAGUUCUCCCUUUGAUGGGGAAGGAGGAUUUUUGGCUCAUGCAUAUUUCCCUGGCCCUGGAAUUGGGGGAGACACUCAUUUUGACUCUGAUGAACCAUGGACUUUGGGAAAUCCCAAUCACGAUGGAAAUGAUCUGUUUCUAGUUGCAGUGCAUGAACUGGGACAUGCUCUGGGCUUGGAGCACUCUAAUGAUCCCACUGCAAUCAUGGCUCCAUUUUACCAGUAUAUGGAAACUGACAAUUUCAAACUACCUAAUGAUGAUUUACAGGGAAUCCAGAAGAUAUACGGUCCACCUGAUCGGAUCCCACCACCAACAAGACCUCUGCCAACAGUGCCCCCACAUCGUUCAAUCCCUCCGGUAGACCCACGGAAAAAUGACAGGCAACCUAAACCUCCCCGGCCACCCACUGGUGACAAGCCUUCCUAUCCUGGAGCCAAGCCUAACAUCUGUGAUGGGAACUUCAACACUCUGGCUAUUCUUCGCCGGGAAAUGUUUGUUUUCAAGGAUCAGUGGUUUUGGCGAGUCAGAAACAACAGGGUGAUGGAUGGAUACCCCAUGCAGAUUACCUACUUCUGGAGGGGACUGCCUCCCAGCAUUGAUGCUGUUUAUGAAAACAGUGAAGGGAACUUUGUCUUCUUUAAAGGAAACAAGUUCUGGGUUUUCAAGGACACUACUCUCCAGCCAGGUUAUCCUCAUGAUUUGGUAACACUUGGAAGCGGAAUUCCUUCGCAUGGUAUUGAUUCAGCAAUUUGGUGGGAAGACGUUGGGAAAACCUACUUCUUCAAAGGAGACAGGUACUGGAGGUACAGUGAAGAAAUGAGAUCCAUGGACCCUGGUUAUCCCAAACCAAUCACAAUUUGGAAAGGUAUCCCAGAAUCUCCUCAGGGAGCCUUCGUUCACAAAGAAAAUGGCUUCACAUAUUUCUACAAAGGAAAAGAGUACUGGAAAUUCAAUAACCAGAUGCUCAGGGUGGAACCUGGCUAUCCGAGAUCCAUCCUCAAAGAUUUUAUGGGUUGUGAUGGACCAACAGAUCGAGACAAAGACCGACACAGCCCUCAAGAUGAUGUUGACAUUGUCAUCAAACUGGACAACACAGCCAGCACUGUGAAAGCUAUAGCCAUCGUCAUUCCCUGCAUCCUGGCCUUGUGCCUCCUUGUGUUGGUUUACACUGUGUUCCAGUUCAAAAGGAAAGGAACACCCCGCCACAUACUGUACUGCAAACGCUCUAUGCAAGAGUGGGUGUGAUGUAGGGUUUUGUGUUUUUUGCUUUCCCUCCCAGGAGUUUGUGGUAACUUGAGAUUCAACACAAGAGCAGUUAUGCAGUUUCCUAGCUAGGAGCGGGCAUCUGUCAGUCUGAAACAAAGCUGAUCUUUGAAACCCAAGGGGUUGCCUGUCCUGCGCUUGAGUGAUGAUUCGCUCAGCUGGGAAGCUUCCAUGAUACACAGUAUCUGCUGUUCCUUCAGUCCUUUGUCUUUCUUUGUCAUUUGAUUCUAGGCCUUUCCUCUGCACGUUCAAUGCCCGAUAAACUAUCAGGAUUAACUAAUGAGGAGGAAAAAAAAAAUAUCUCCAAUGUUUCUACAUUUUUCCCUUAAGGCCUGUUCCCCUUUGAAAUAUUUUUUGCUGAAAGGAAAUUUUUUUAGAAAAACACAACAACCCACAACGGAACUUUCAGGAAAGUGAGAAGACCCAAAACAGCUUUGUCUCCAAAGAGGAUUGCUUUCUGUCUGCUACGGAUAAAGUCCUAUACUCCUACUUCCAGUUUUGUCAGGUGGGAGACUCGGAUGACACGCAGGACUUCAGACUGUUCGGACAGCCA